CUUGCUCUUAGAUGCUCAGCGCGCUCUCGUCGGUAUUUUGUACUCGUCCCGUCUUUUUGCUGACUGAAAAGUCUGAAAAGAAGUGCCUUAAGUUCCCAGCCGGAGUCGUGUGCAAAAUCUUUAGUUGAAUCCCGUUGAAUGCGCUGGCCCCAGUGAGUGGAGUGAUAGAUAAAGCUAGACGUAGAGAAACUCCGGACCGACCACUGACCCAAGCCACUGCAGCAUCAAGAUGUCGUUUCGCGUAGUACGCAGCUCCAAGUUCCGCCACGUCUACGGACAGGCUCUAAAGCGGGAGCAGUGCUACGACAACAUACGAGUAUCCAAGUCAAGCUGGGACUCCACAUUCUGCGCGGUGAAUCCCAAGUUCCUGGCCAUCAUCGUGGAGUCGGCGGGCGGCGGAGCCUUCAUCGUCCUGCCACACAACAAAGUUGGUCGUAUAGCGGCUGACCACCCGUUGGUUGGCGGUCACAAGGGUCCUGUGCUGGACAUCGCCUGGUGCCCCCACAACGACAACGUGAUCGCCUCCGGCUCAGAGGACUGUGUGGUCAAAGUGUGGCAAAUACCCGAUGGCGGGCUGUCCCGAACACUCACCGAACCCGUGGUCGACCUGGUUUUCCACCAACGUCGCGUGGGUCUGGUACUGUGGCAUCCAUCCGCCCUCAAUGUGCUGCUGACCGCCGGCUCUGAUAACCAGGUCGUGAUUUGGAACGUAGGCACUGGUGAAAUCCUAGUGCACAUCGAUUCCCACCCGGACAUCGUUUACAGCGCCUGCUUCAACUGGGAUGGCUCUAAGUUGGUCACCACCUGCAAGGAUAAAAAGAUCCGCAUCUACGAACCGCGCACCGGCGAGCUGGAGAGCGAAGCCAUGUGCCACGAGGGCUCCAAGGCCACGCGGGCCAUUUUCUUGCGUCACGGUUUGAUUUUCACCACAGGUUUCAACCGUAGCUCGGAGCGUCAGUACUCGCUGCGCGCCCCGGAUGCCCUUAACGAACCCAUUGUCAUGGUGGAACUGGACACGUCCAACGGCGUAAUGUUCCCACUAUACGACGCGGACACGAACAUGAUCUACUUGUGUGGAAAGGGUGACUCGGUCAUUCGGUAUUUCGAGGUAACGCCCGAACCUCCUUUCGUGCACUACAUAAACACGUUUCAGACUACAGAGCCGCAGCGUGGUAUUGGUCUGAUGCCCAAGCGAGGCUGUGAUGUGACCACCUGCGAGGUCGCCAAGUUCUACCGCAUGAACAACAACGGCCUGUGUCAGGUUAUCUCCAUGACUGUGCCGCGCAAAUCGGAUCUCUUCCAGGAGGAUCUUUACCCCGACACGCUAGCGGAAGACGCUGCCAUCACCGCGGAGGAGUGGAUCGAUGGCAAGGAUGCGGAUCCGAUCACAUUUUCGCUCAAAGAUCGCGUUUCCAUUGUACAGGGUGGCUAUGUGUCCUCGUCGGUAAACAAAUCACUACCAUCGAAGAAAGCGGGCAACAUCCUGAACAAGCCCAGAGGCGACAGCGCGAGCUCCGGUGCAACGGGCAGCAGCGCGGGCGGCGGCAACUUUGCAUCUGGAAAUAAUAAUGAGGCUAGCGAGGGUGGACCGCCUGCAGCGGUUUUAUCGGAAAAGGACCUGCGUACCAUCCAGGACGAGAUUCGCAAACUCAAGGCGAUCAUCGUCAAGCAAGAGAAUCGCAUCCGCGCUCUGGAGGCCAAGGAGGACGCCCGCAACAAGAAUGGAAGCGAUGCUGCGCCAGCUUCAGCGGGAGCAGCCUCUUCUGACGGCAAAGCUAGUGAAAGUGCCAAUGACCACGCGUCUACAUCAGCCGGAACGUCAAAGGACGAGGACUAGUUCUAGCAAUGAAACGAGGACUGAUAAAAUGGGCGGAAUGGAUUGGAGGAGAGACAGAGUACUGCUUGUAGAAGCUCGUAGUUACCGCUUAAUUUUUCUAAUGCAACAUAACGUUUAUUUCGUACGCGCUGAGGGCGAAUUGAAAAACAAGUUAUUGUCUAUUACCAUUAUGGUUCGAUUAUUUAUUUUUUAUAAUUUAAUAUUAGGUCUUUAACAGAGCAGAGCAAAAUCAGUUGAGUGUGGCACAGAUAGGGUUAGAGAAUGCCGAGCUAAACCAUCUAAUCGAACAUAAGCGAGCAGAGCUGGACGGUUAACGUAUAAAACAUAACAUAAAACUACAUCCUGCCAAAAAUAUAUAAAAACCUAACGAACUACCUACAUUUUGCGCCCAAAAUCAAGCAGAGCGAAGGGUAGACACUCAACCCUUCGAUCGUUUCUUGUAACGCAAAUAUGAAAUUGUAAAUUUAACAAAGGCAAAUCAUAAACUAAACCUCAAUCACUUAACAGUUAAAACCUACCUACCAAAUUUGUACGAGCUCCUUUCUGUAACGUCUGUAUAUUUGUACGUCCCGAAAGUUGUCAUGACAAUAGCUGAUAGAAUUAAUCCGUUCAUCCUAACUGAGGCCCCCUUAAUAAGUCACAUCUGCCUGCAAAUUCUUGUGUCAAACAUAGCGAAUUCUGUAAGAAAGUGAUGGGGGUCACCGAAAUUAAUUCGUUUUCGUAAUCAAAAUUUUCUUGUUCAAACUAAUGAUAAGCUGUAUUUUGAAAUAAUAAAAUAACAAUAAAUGCAACAGAAUCGGAAAAAAAGGGACCCAACGAAACUAUUAUAACGA